CUCUUGAAGACAUCUGUCACUUUGGAAUUUAGUGUUGGCUGGGGGAAAAAAGUUUAUAAAAAAAAUGGACAUCACGUAGGGCAUCUGUUAGCUGUAUCAAAAAUCUAGUUUCUGUCAUGAUCUGCAUAACGUCGAUUCCAUGGUAAGAAACUGUUGCCGCUCAAUUAGAUCCAAAAUGCGUGUGACAUGGAGGCGCAAUGUUGCAGGAAAUCUGAUUGCCUUGGCAGUGGUGACAGCAUUUGUUGUGACAUAUGUUAAACUUCUGCAAUACAACAAAGCCAGUUCCACCACAUUCAACCUCGUCGCCAACCGACAUCGCCGGCCUCGGGGGUUACACGCCAGCCAUACGGUGCACAGGGGGUCAAAAAACGCGACCUCCAUGUUGGCCGUCCAUGUCGUGGAAGAACAUCACCAGGUGAUUCCUAUUUGGAUGAAUGCAGUAAAAGCAGGAACUCUGAAGUCUCAUGGAAAUAUUUUGUUCCAUAUUGAUGGCCACUCUGAUUUGGCCCCACCCUUCUAUUUCCCUGGGUACCCCUCAUUUAGAAUGCCAAGAGACAGCAGAGAAAUCAACAUGAUGAUCCAGAGAAAUGACGUCUUUAUUGUGCAAUCUAUCAUGGCGGGUAUUAUGAAGAGGAUUAUCUGGGUGUGGCCAAAGUGGGACCAAGAGAACCAUGAAAGUGUUUACGAAAAAACCUGGGGAGGAAUAGGCACAGCGAUGGUCACAACCGGAGAGACCCUCAAGGAGAAAGUUAUCUGUACUUGCACCAAGAACGAGAGCAAUGUCAAGGAGUGUAGUUACAUCCCCUUCCCAUAUGAGGGGUUAACCAACGUAGGUACAGAACAAAUGUUAAAACCAUCGUCAUGCAACAUCAAAAGAGAGUUUUACUUGGAAUCUGUAAGAGAGGAUGAAGCAAUCAAGAGGCUCUCCAAGGGGGGCUGGGUUACAAAGCAGGACAGCCUCAUGUUGGACAUAGAUCUGGAUUUCUUUGGAACCACCCAUGUUUCCCAGCCCCUUCUGGAUGUAGGGAUGCCCAUCGCUUCCUUGAACAUGAUGAAUGGUGUGCUUUGGAAGUUGUUCUGUCCAAAAACUGUAAAAGAAGAACAAGAGACGGACAGAGUCCUAGUUAAAGCCUUACGUUUGUUUCAGAAUGCAUUGGACUGUAAAACAAAACCACAAACUAAACAGUAUUCAUACAAGAAGUGCAAAGACAAAGCACGGAAGGAGUCAGCGGACAUGUUAAAGCAGUUCCUCUGGCAGCAGGGUAACAGAGUGUCGUGUGAGAAGAGGAGCAAGGAGUCGGAGAACCUGCUGAACCAGCUGAUUGACCUGUUUUUUGGACACCUAAGUGCCAAGCAGAUCGCCACACUGAAGAAGAUAGGCUUCUGUCUGACCACCACCAUAAACUCCUACCUACCUCUCACUAACCCCGGCUUUCAGAUCUGCAUGGGCUCCAAUACUCCAGUAGAUUCCAUGGUUCUUGCUCACAGGCCGACGAAAAACGAGACGAUUCUCAGAACCUCCACCCUGCUCAAGAUACUGAACUCUCUCCACCGCCCCCGCCUAGUGACUGUGUGUCGGUCCGUCCGCGACGGCUACACGCCCCGCUUCCAGUAUUAUCUCAUUGAACACAGUGUGAUGAAGGCUAUUAGUAGUGUGUUUAGCAAUGUGAAGGUGCACUAUGACCCGUGGUUACUGGGGGGUAAACAUGGAUGGCCCCACAGACACAAAUCAUCGUGAGGCAGGGUGUUUGUGAUGUAUGUGCUUUGUCGAUGUGUUCUCACGGCUUUGGUGAUUGGUAAAACAUAUCUUUAUAUAAUACAUUGUAGUAUAUCUAUGGAACCGUCUAUUCUAUAUAUAUGUACAUCGAAAGUGCUCAAUUUUAUUUUGUUUUACUGCAAUCUUUACAAUGGUUAGAAAUUGAUAGCUGAGAUUAACUGAUCUAUCUUUUACAAAACCAUUAAAGUAUGUUAACAAGGCAGGUACAGUUGUUAACAAGACUGUCAAAACAAACUGUACCAGACUUAUUUAGUUUAUCAUUUGUUAUUGUAUGGAAAUGUAAUCAACACAUUAGAUAUUUACAUCUAUAUGAACACUUAUUGUUGUCAGAAAUAUUAAUACAUGUAUGUGAAAUAUAAAUGUCCACAUGUAACCUGAGAUGAUUUAUUUAUAAGAAGUGCCAUUUAUAUUGAUGUAUUUAAGUCAUGUAAUGCAUAAUAAUCAGAUUUAAGGGACAUAACCAAGGGCAUCAUAUGGAUC